AUGAUCCAUCCCGACUCCGCGGAUUCGCCAUUGAAAACCCCUGGCGCUGGCUUUGCUUUAGGCCUAGGCCAGGAGGACCCUGCAGCGUUUCUCGACGAUUUUGAUACCCAAAGCCAUGCAAGCUCCCGCGACCCAGGCAGCACACAGACAGCUGACCCCGCGACUGGUCCCGAUGGUGCGCUAGACAGCCACUUGGAUGCCACUACCCGAGACGAUACAGGCGGUGCCACAAAUUCAGCAAAAGACGGCAGACCCCCCAUGUGGACCGAAAUGAAAACUAAGGCAGGAAAAGAGCGGAAGCGAUUACCGCUGGCCUGUAUCGCAUGUCGCCGCAAGAAGAUACGAUGCUCGGGCGAGAAGCCCGCGUGCAAGCACUGCACGCGCUCCAGGAUCCCCUGCGUUUAUAAAGUUACCACAAGAAAAGCUGCCCCGCGCACGGAUUAUAUGGCCAUGUUAGAUAAGCGAUUAAAGAGGAUGGAAGAUCGCGUCAUCAAGACGAUUCCCAAGGAUGAGGCCAGAGACAUGGCCUCGAUCGGCAGAUCUGUGGUCAAACCCAGGGCGCAGGGGCAGCUUUCGAAGCAAGAUAAGAAACGGAGCGCAGACGAGGCCUUUGCUACGGAAAUGGAUGGAUGGACUCGGGAAGAACGUCGUCCGCCACAUGAGACCCUCCCGAUGAACCGCGAGCCCAAGUCCUCGGAUGGGUCCGGACUUUUGACCGAGGGGGCGGAAUUCUUGCCUUCGUUGGAGAUACAGGAGCACCUAGCCGAGGUUUUCUUUGACUGUGUCUAUGGACAAUCAUAUCUACUCCUACACAAGCCAAGCUUCAUGCGAAGGCUCAAAGCUGGCACUGUUCCCCCAGUCUUGAUUCUUGCGGUCUGUGCGGUCUCGGCUCGAUUUUCAACGCAUCCACAGCUCAAUUCAGAACCCCCCUUCCUACGCGGCGAGAACUGGGCCAAUCCGGCUGCGGCUAUUGCUCUCAGCCGACACGACGAACCCAACAUCACGAUCCUAACCGUAUUCCUGCUCCUGGGGCUUCACGAGUUUGGUACAUGUCAUGGUGGACGAAGUUGGUCAUUUGGAGGGCAGGCAUUGCGAAUGGCAUAUGCUCUGCAACUUCACCAAGAGCUCGAAAGCGAUCCGUUACUAGGACAAGGCAACGGCAAUUCGCAAUUAAGCUUCACGGACAGGGAGAUCCGACGACGAACCAUGUGGGCAUGUUAUUUGAUGGAUCGAUACAACUCCUCGGGGAGUCAGCGACCACCGAUUGGAAAUGAGAAAUUCCUACAUAUUCAACUACCCAUCAAGGAAACCCACUUUCAGAUGGAGAUACCAGGUCCUACGGAAGACCUGGAUGGGGAUAUUCUGAAUCCCACGCCUGAAGACUCCGGUCAAUUGUCCAACGCCAAAGAUAACAUGGGAGUGUCGGCGUACAUUAUUCGUGCCAUCGUCAUCUGGGGUCGUCUUGUUGACUACUUAAAUCUCGGCGGAAAGAGAAAAGAUACGCAUCCCCUUUGGCAUCCGGAAUCCGGUUACAUGCUACUGAAACGGCAAAUUGAGGAGUUUUCUGCUUCACUUCCCGGGUCUCUCACUUUCACCUAUGAGAAUCUUCAGAUCCAUGCUGCUGAGAAGAUAGCAAACCAAUUCUUGUUCCUCCACAUCAUUAUACACCAGAACAUGUUGUUCCUCAACCAGUUCGCAAUUCCUCUAUCCCCGGGAGGCCGACCACCCAAAGACAUGCCGAAACCAUUCCUUAGCAAUGCGGGCCGGGCGGCAGUCGAGGCCGCUCAUCACAUUUCUGUACUUUUUGAUCGGGCUUCGGCCUAUCCGCUCACGGUUCCUUUCGCUGGCUACUGUGCGUACACAGCUAGUACUGUUCAUAUCUGGGGAAUAUUUUCGAAGAACGUGCAACUCGAGGCUCGUUCCAAGGAGAAUCUUCGACAUACUUAUCGAUAUCUUAACAAGAUGAAGAAGUAUUGGGGAAUGUUUCACUAUAUGGUGGAAAGUGCCAAAGACCGGUAUCGACAGUUCGCCGAUGUAGCCAUCAAGGGAUCUGUAGCCACACAAAAUGGCAAUUCAUUAGCGCCGAUGUUCCAAUAUGGCGAUUGGUUUUCCAAAUACCCUCAUGGUGUCUCAAGGCUACACUGGGAGGAUCCGGAUACUCGGCAUAAAGAGACGGGUGAAGAUGCUGUUAUGGGCCAGAAGCCGGACCUUCAAAGCGUCGAAGAUUUCUUCGCCAGCCUAUCACCAACGCCACAACCCGCACUUCCUAGAAAAGGACGUUCUCGCAAGAAUAGCAAACUGUCCGACCAUUCAAGCGUGGAUCAAACUUCCCCAUCACAAAUGGACGUAACCAUUGGAAAUAUUCCAGCAAACCAAUUCCCUCAGCCAUCCAUGUACCCACCAAAUCGGUCCAUGUCAUUCAGUCAAUUUGACUUCAACAUUCCGCAGGAUCAGUUGCACCAACUUGACCGACAAUUCGUCUACGGCUCAUUUUCCGAAUUCGAUCCCACAAACUUCAUGCCUCCAGCCCCUGUUAACGGGGUUGAUCCACAGCCCACCGAACAGUCCCUCUUCACCGGGCAACUCGACCCAGGCGCGCCCUCCGGAACCGGUGAAUUCUAUCAACCCAGCGCAUGGUUCCUACCAUUCAAUCUCGACCCGUUAGGCAGCGCCCACCCAAGUCCUCCGCCUGCUAGGAACCCACAGCCUCCACCGGGAUCUGCCCCGAUCCCUAUCCCCGGUGCCGGAAGUGGAUCUGCAAAUGUCCCCGGUGUUCCUCACUUUGGAGGAGGAGCGGGCGAUCUGCCGCUGAGUGCCUAUGAUCUCGGCCUAGGCGGGCCAGAUAUGGGACAAGCCCCGCGGCACGGGUAA